AUGUGUCCCCUGCAGCGUCCCCGGCCAUCUCCUCCGGCCGAUGCCAGCAUCCGGCUUCUGUGUCCUGUCCCUGUGACGUCGGGACGUACGGGCGCCGCAGGCGGCGGGAAAUUUAAAAAUUUAAAAAAAUGUCAUUUUUUUUUUUUUUUACUGUAUCAAACCAUUUCACAUACAUUUUGUCCCUAGUGCUUUGUCCUGUGCCCUGCCUGCAUUUUUACUGUUCUUUCUGCCUGGAAACUGAGAAACGUCCAUGGCGUCCAAAAAGCAUCCCUUUAGGUCAAAAGCAGUUUUAGACCAGCUAGGGAACAGCGAUAGUAAAUCAGAACCACUUGCAGAAUUGA